AUGGAAGUAGCUGCCAUUCAAGAGGAAAAUUCUAUAGACACUAAUGACGGCGGUGCUACUGAAAAAAAUGAGAUUCCUGAAAAAUUUGAGGCACAACUGCCUGUUGUUAAUGUGCUGGUCAAUGAAGAAAUCAAAGAAACAAGUAGUAGCCUUGAGAAUUCCGAGCCAAAGAAAGUUGAAAAGCCGAACGAAAUCAGACUUGAGAUUCCUUUGACAAAUCGAUAUAACAAUAUAGUAUACUAUCCCGAUCUACUGAAGGAGGCGGGAAUCUCGAUUGUCAAAACACCACCUCGCUACAUUUCAGGAUCUGAGUCACCGGUUUCGGACUCGCCACAUUCUGAAUGGUCGGAUUUUGAAACUCCUGACGAUUUUCAACCGACGUCUCCGACAACAACAAAUCAACCAGCUUUGUUUAACGACGAUAGUAAUGGAUUCUUUCAAAAACUGUUAGAAAAUGCUGAGAAAUAUAAUACGGAUGAGCAGGAAAAAAACCGGAAAAAAAGGAAAACCAGGAACAUUAAGAAAGAACAACAAUAUGAUGUGAAUGAUCCGUUUAUAGAUGACAGUGAGCUUGUUCCGUUACAACGCGACUUUGGAAAG